GGGUGCAGAGCCCUUGGCAGUCGGGGCGGCUCGGAAGGAGCUCUCCCGGAGCCCGAGUCGGGAUUGAGGCUGGCGGAGUUGGGCUGCAGGAGCUCGGCCGCGCCUGGUGUUGGAGUCCCUCAAUUCCUGACUGAAGCACUUGAAGUAGUUUAUCUGCCAGCUCUCCCUCCCUGCUUGUUUGCAGAGACCCCGUGUGUCAUUGUGCGCCUCAGCUGGAGCGAGGACUGCACCUCUCUGUCGUAGUCCCACUACAUAUCUAUCUAUGGAACAUCACAGACACUAAUCUCUACAAAGGUUGUCCUACUGAGCCCCGAGGAGCCCGGGGGCCACUGCUACCAUGACGACCGCCAUCCUGGAGCGCCUGAGCACCCUGUCUGUGAGUGGGCAGCAGCUGCGCCGUCUGCCCAAGAUUCUGGAAGAAGGGCUCCCCAAGAUGCCGUGCACCGUUCCAGAAACCGACGUGCCCCAGCUCUUUAGGGAGCCAUACAUCCACGCGGGCUACCGCCCCACGGGGCACGAGUGGCGUUACUACUUCUUCAGCCUCUUUCAGAAGCACAACGAGGUGGUCAACGUCUGGACCCACUUGCUGGCGGCCCUGGCGGUCCUUUUGAGAUUCUGGGCCUUUGUGGAGGCAGGGGCACUGCAGUGGGCCUCCCCCCACACCCUACCCCUGCUCCUCUUUAUCCUGUCGUCAAUCACUUACCUCACCUGCAGCCUCUUGGCCCACCUGCUGCAGUCCAAGUCAGAGCUGUCCCACUACACUUUUUACUUUGUAGACUACGUCGGGGUCAGCGUCUACCAGUAUGGCAGCGCAUUGGCUCACUUUUUCUAUAGCUCCGACCAAGCCUGGUAUGAGCGCUUCUGGCUGUUCUUCCUGCCGGCAGCGGCUUUCUGUGGCUGGCUAUCGUGCGCUGGCUGUUGCUACGCCAAGUAUCGCUACCGACGGCCUUAUCCAGUUAUGCGGAAGAUCUGUCAAGUGGUACCAGCAGGGCUGGCCUUCGUCCUAGACAUCAGCCCCGUGGCACACCGCGUGGCUCUCUGCCACCUGGCCGGUUGCCAGGAGCAGGCGGCCUGGUACCACACCUUCCAGAUCCUCUUCUUCCUUGUCAGCGCGUACUUCUUCUCAUGCCCUGUACCGGAGAAGUACUUCCCCGGUUCCUGUGACAUUGUGGGCCAUGGACAUCAAAUCUUCCACGCCUUCCUUUCCAUCUGCACGCUCUCCCAGCUGGAGGCCAUUCUUCUGGACUACCAGGGACGCCAUGAGAUCUUCCUCCAGCGCCACGGUCCCCUGUCUGUCUACACAGCCUGUCUCUCCUUUUUCUUUUUAGCCGCCUGCAGUGGGGCCACCGCCUCCCUCCUGAGGCACAAGGUCAAGGACAGACUGAUUAAGAAAGACUCCUGAGGUUGGCAAAUGAGGAAAGGUGUGGCGGUGGGGCUACUGUGACUUGGAGAAAACUUGACCCAAUAAUAGAAGUUGACUUUUUAUUUUUAAGGCUUGAUUUUUUUUAAAAAAAAUUAAUAUGUAUUACGGGCUGAGGAUGAAACUCAAUUGGCAGAGAGUGCUUACAUAGCAUAUAGGAAGGCCAGGGUUUGAUCUCCAGUGCCACAAAAGCCAGGAUAGUAGCAUCCAAGGAGGCAGAGGCAGGAAGAUCAGGAAUUCUAGAUCACCCUCCGAUGCAUAGAGUUCAAGGCUAGCCUUUGAUACAUGAUAUCCUAUCUCAAAAAAAAAAAAAAAGGUUAUGUAUUUUCAAAGGCAUAGUAUGACUACAGAAUUUCAAAUGCAGGCCAUUUGAGAGUUAUAAAACGGAGCAUUCAUUUUUCUGUCUGGGUUAUUAUAGCCUUGUUUGGGAAGAGAUCUUGGCUAAGAUUUAUGAGAUCCCAAACUCAGGAGAACCGUCCUCACGCACGAACAGUGAACAGAAUUCCGGGUUGUGGCUUCCAAAGCCGAGUCCUGAAACUAGACAGAUAAUCAAACUGGACUGCCAAGAAUAUUGGCUGUUCUUCACCCUAAUAGAACAGCCAUCCUCCGCUGCUGGUCUUGGUAUCUGUGUAAAUUGACCCAUGGACUCUGUCUUCUUAUCAGGAUUUCAGCUUGUCUAGGGUGGAAAAAAAUCAGAAUCUCCAAGAUGAUUCCUUGAAACUCUUAGACAGAAUGGACUAUUCAAUUUAUCUGAUUUCUGGUCUCAACCACUGCACCUCUGGUUCUUCUCUCAGGAUAACCAAUUAGCUGGCCGGUUUGCCCGAAGUACUACUGUUCUCAUCCCUAGUCUGCAUGGUAACAUAAAGAAUCCCGAAGCUAUUACACUUCCAGGAACUGCUUGGAGCCUUUUGAACAUCCAGGAAGCUGAUUCUCAUGUAAUACAGAAACAUCGACAGAUUUAACAGUGCCAAGCCGGGAGACCCAGCCAGCAAACAUGGGUAUCCUUGCCUGUUUGCUGCCCAUGGGUCCCUUCUAGUUUAUAUCUGUGGAUUGCAGUAUUAACUGCAAGCCAUUUAAGGUUGUCUUGCAGGUCAGAAGAUUGAUUGUCUGGAGGUUUGAACAGACUCUUUUAAAAGCAUGGCCCUAAAGUUCUUCGAAAAAGCUAAUUAUUUCAAGCGGAUCCUAAGAUCCAAGGUUCAAGUUUCUGUUAGAUGCUGUCCCAUGACGGACCAACCUGGCUACCCCAGUUCAGGCUCCUCAAACAGGCAGUUUCACCUCAGAUUUGAGAAGAAACCUUAAAGUGGGUCCUAGGACGGGUACAUGUGUGCUCACUGUUGUUGGCUCCUGAAGGUCCAUUGAGUAAGAACGAGGCACCUGAUGGCCAAACUCACUGUUUCUGAUAUUGCUGCCGGCGGCUGAUGUGAGAGAGUGGUGCUUGCUGCUGAUAUGUUUUGGCCACACAGCUCUCCCCGAGGACCGUCUUCUGUGUGAAUCCAGUGAAGGAGGCUGUGGUGGAGGAAGGGCUGAGAUGCCUUCUACUCACAGGCUGCUUUUCUGAUCAGUAUAAGGUCCCCGUGUGCUAAAAAAAGGAAGUUAAAGUUUUCAACCCCAGAUUAAUGAACCUCCUCAACUAUUAGGUCACUUGCUAGUUUUAAAACCUUUGUUUUCUAUCCUUUUUUUUUUUUUUGUGAGUGAUUUGUGAAUGUUGUGCCUUACACAUGGGAAUGUCUAAACUCUUUAAUAUAUACACACAUGGAAUGUUCUGUUUUGAGUUAUUGGGACAAAGAACAAAAGGAACCCCCAGAAAGCUAGAGUGGCCUGUUAAUCAACUAGUAAUCUGUAUUUGGGGGAGGGGUCAACAGAGGUAUCCAUACUGCCUUCAAGAAAGCAUGCGUCUCCUGCACUGUUUUAUUAGAUGGGUUUCCUGUUCAUUUACAGUCAGGAAGAGGAACGUCUAUGCUAGCCAAGUGAUCCGAGGUUCCGGUUGUCAAGCCCAAGUUCAUGCCAAGGAAUGUUAUCGAAACUGAACUGGUCUGAACUGAACAAAGACUGGUUGGGGUGUGUAUGUGUAAAUGCUACAAGUAGAGGGUCUAUUUAAAAUGGGAACCAGAAAGUGUUAGAAAUUCUGUUGUUAUGGAUUCAAAGAUUCUUUUAAAAGUUGGUGGGAAACGUGAGAGAGGGAAGGGAAGAGGAAGGUGUUCUUGUGGUGGUGUCUGUGAACAAAGAGUUUAUUCUCUUUCUUUUCUCUCUCUCUCCCUCUCUCUUUCUUUCUUUCUUUCUUCCUUCCUUCCUUCCUUCCUUUCUUUCUUUUUUCUUUUUUAGAUCAGAUCUCACGGUAUAAUCCAGGCUGGCCUGAAAAUCCUUAUGUAGACCAGGCUGACCUUGAACUCUAGAGAUCAACCUGUCUCUGCCUCCCAAGUGACAGAGCUAAAGGUGGGCACCACCACUCUCAGCCGCAUGGACAGAGAUCUGUGUCUUUCAAUGCUCCUGCAGCCCAGUGUCAAGCUGAACUCGGUUCCUCGUGGAUCCGUGAUACCAUAAGUGUAAAAUGUGAGAUACUGGCAUUCAAUUUUUAGUUUAAUUAUACAAAUAUUGCUAACUACUGAUUUGGGAACUGCUAAGAAAGAAAAAAGAAAGUGAUUUCUAUGGAGUUGGGACUUGAACCCAAGACUUGAGACAUGUUAACCAAGAGUUUCCUCAUUGACCUACACCCCAGGCCAAGGAACAGUGUAUGUAUAAUAGAUAUUUGGGGGGACAUUAGGUAGGGGACUGUGAUCUUCCCUGAAAACACCAGUAUCUAAUUGGAAUGAUGUAAAUGCCUUUACAAAUGCAUACACAACAUGGGUGAUUUUUAACUCUUCAGAUUCCUUGAACAGUGUCAUCACAAUGAGCCUAUCAGGAUGGUAAAGACUAGGUUAGUUUAAAAGUUAACAACUAAGAAUUGUAAAAACAAGUGUGCAUGCCUCUUGAUUUACAAUGGUGGGGUUUGCCACCCUGCAAAAUCAGCAUAAUGUUAAAAAAAUGAUAUAAAGGAAAUAGUUAUCUUGCUUUCCAAAACUAGAAAUUUUGGUUGUUGCCCCUCUUAAUUAAGACCAUCAACCCAUUAAUAUGGAAAUGCCUGUGAUAAAAAUUAACCUAUCAGUCAUUUACACUUUCUCAUGAAUAAAAUCCUUGUGGAUUGAUUUAAGUCCCUACCUAGUUCAAGAAAAGGGGCUCACACGAUCCAUUUGGGGGUGCCUUGUUUCUCAUUUCAGAAUCCCGACUUUCGUUUGCCGGUGAAGGCUAUUUUUGUUGUUUCUGGUCUGAGGUGUUUGUUUUGUUUGAGAUGGAGCUCGCUGUGUAUCCCAGGCUGGCCUGGAGCUCCAGAUUGUUUCUCCCGUCGCAGUCGGGCAAGGAGCUGGGAUUACAGGCUGCACCGCCACCACAUUCAGUUCUAAUAAACUAAUUUUAAAGUUCUUAAAGAUGUCAGGGUUACAAUUUCAGCUCUUAAGUCUCUCAAUAACAAUAGUGCAAGCCAUGAACUGGAAGCUUGAAACAGAGUUCAGAGUCCUUUCCAGGAGGGCAAUGUACUGUAGCCCCGUUUCUGUCGCCCUCCAAUUGUUUGGUUACUGCUCUGUAGUUCCACCUGGAUCCUCUAGAGGGCGAUGUUGUCUUACUCAGUGCUCUCUCAGCGCUUGUUGUCAAGGCUUCGCCGCUAAAAUUGUGUUUUGCUUGGCUAAAGAAAAAGUGUGGGAUUAUUUUCUGUCUCUAUAAACCUACUUACGUGAAUAAUCAUUAAACAGAUUUUGUAUAUGGA